GAAGGAGGAAAAUUAAACAAAACUUGAACAACUACUAAAGCAUACUCAAACGUCAAAUCUGAUAUGUACGGAAUGAUGACCACGCAUGCUUUGGGAACCAAUGUGAAUGUCCACGAUCACGUUGAAACGACCGCCAAGUCGACGUUUCACGGCGUUCCUGAUGCGGUGGGAGCGUCAUUGCUUCCCCGGAGCUCGAGCUUUAAGAACAUUUUUUUGGCGGAGAACUGGGCGGAGCUGCCACUCAAGGAGGACGACACGGACGACAUGGUCAUCUACGGUGCAUUGCAGGAGGCUGCCACCACCGGGUGGUGCCCCGCCAGAGAGAAUGGCGGCGUUGGUAGCGCGUCGGAGAAAUUGGAAAAUGAGGGCAAGGGCAAUGGCAUUGUGGAAGCGCGUGAGGUUGACGCGCUGGCUAAGGGCGGUAGAGGGUAUAGAGGGGUUCGGAGGCGGCCGUGGGGAAAGUACGCGGCUGAGAUAAGAGAUCCGAAGAGGAACGGUGUGAGAGUGUGGCUUGGGACUUAUGAGACGGCUGAGGAUGCGGCUUUGGCUUAUGAUCGAGCCGCGUUCAAGAUGCGUGGCUCAAAAGCCAAGCUGAAUUUUCCUCACUUGAUUGGGUCGGACGAAGUUGGUGAGCCGGUGAGAGUUACACUAAAACGGCGCUCACCCGAGACACCCUUGCCGUGCCCUUCUUACUCUUUCGAUUACUGUAACAAUGCAGAGAAGCGGAGCAAAAUUGUUGGUCAGGGUGCAGUAGUGGCGGCCACGGCUUUAGAGCCCGCUAAUAAAAGUAUGUGGCAAUUUUCCAGUCGGUGAAUCUUGUGGCAACAACAAUAAAAAGUAUAUUGAUGGAAAUUUAUAUGUAAUUGUCUUUAUGCUGAAGUUAAUAUUUAAGAAUUAUUAGAUAA